AUGUCAUCACAUGUUUUGCCAACAUCACCGAAUUCUGGAGAAAAAGCAAAAGAUGAAUCAGUCAAAAAGGACAGACCAUAUAAGGUCUUUUUCAAAGAUCUCUUUCUUUUCAAAGAAAAUGAAAUGGCAGCAAAGAAAAAGGAAAAAAUUUUGAACCGUAGCCUGAAAGUCUACCAAAAGUCUACUUUUUCAUCCCGAAUGAAGAGUCGUUCACACCUGAGCCAAAUAGCUCUUCUUUCUGACAGAGGUGAUGGCUCAUUUGAAAAAUUUGGGUUAGAUCCAAUUCUUAUUCUCAGAUUAACAGAAGGUGCAGAUGCGAAAAAGACUGUUCAUGAAUUUAUUAACGACCAGAGAGACAGGUUUUUACUUGAGUAUUCUCUGUCAGCCAAAAGAAGCACAAUUAAUAAGUUUGAAAAACACAUAGCAACGAGGGAAAGACAACUUAGAACGGCAGAAAUUAAGCUCGAACAUGACGCGAUGGCCUUUGAAGAGUUCCUUCGAGAAAAUGAUCAGAGAUCUGUAGAUGCUCUUAAAAUUGCAGCACAAGAAACUAUAAACAAACUUCAAAUGACAGCAGAGCUAAAGAAAGCCAGCAUGGAGGUGCAGGCCGUGAAGAGUGAAAUAGCAAAAACAGAAUUCCUCCUUAGAGAGUACAUGAAAUACAGAUUCUUUCUACUGAAAUUGUCUCCAAAACAGUGGCAAAUUCAGCAAGCCCUAAAAAGUUCAUCAAAAAAUAAUAUCAUCAUUCCAAAAUCAAUAAAAAAAUCCUCCAUCAGUUCCAGUAAAAGAGACAGCUUUGAUAUGGAGACGAUGACUUCAGAUGACUAUUCUAUGGGAAGAGGGAGCCUAGGUAAAAGUCAAGAUGUGCGAGUUCACUCCCUAAACCGGCCUGACAGUAUCAGCUCCGAAGACAGUCUGGAGUUCUUUCUAGAUGAAGACAUUGACUUCGAUCUGGAGCCAGAGCUUUAUUUCAAGGAACCGGAAGAGUUACUUCAAGUCCUCACAGAACUGGAAGAGCAGAAUCUUAGUUUGGUCCAGUAUUCCCAAGAUGUAGAUGAAAAUCUUGAAGAUGUAAGAAAAAGAGAAAAAGUCAUACAUGAUAAGGUAAAUAGCAACAUCGACUUCCUGGUAGAGCACAAGGAAAUGCUUAAGGCUAACUGUGUGAGAGAAGAGGAAAAAGCAGCAGAAUUGGAACUGAGGUCCAGGCUCUUUAGUUUUGGAGAAUUUAAUUCGGAAGCUCAGGAAAAACUGAUAGAUUCACUUAGUAAAAAAAUUAAUCAAGUAUAUAAAGUCUGCAUUGGAGAUGCUGAGGUUGGCAGCCUGAAUGCAGUUCAAAAGCUGGUCAAAGUAGAGUCUCGCCUGGUGGAACUGAGCGACCUCAUCGAAUCCAUCCCCAAAGAAAGUGUGGAUGCAAUCGAGAGGAUAAAACAGAAGGAACGGCGACAAAAGUUGCGUGAAGAGAAAAUGAGAGAAAAACAAAAGUACCAAGAAGAAAGGCUAAAAGCUGCUCUGGAAAGAGCUGUAGCACAACCAAAGAAAAAGAUGGGAAGACGACUUACCUUUCGUUCACAACCUCCAUCUGGUAGCAAACAUGAUCUAAUUUUCAUCAAAGAUACAAGAACAAAAUCACUGGAGGAAGAAUAUUUUUUUGGUUGA